AUGCUUACACAACAAACGGUAGAAACCUCCUCUCGCAAAAUCUGUGUUCUCUAUGGAUCACAAAGCGGUUGUGCUCAGGAGGUGGCUGAAAGAAUACAAAGAGAAGCAAAGAGAAGAUAUCUAUCUGUUAAAUUAUCUGCAUUGGAUGAUUAUAAUAUUGAAAAUUUAACAUCGGAACCAAUUUUGAUUUUCGUAGUUUCAACAACUGGACAAGGUGAUGAGCCUGAUAAUAUGAAGAAGUUUUGGAAUUUUCUCAGAAGAAAGAGUUUGGCAGCAGAUAGUUUAAGUAGUGUCAAAUUUUCUGUAUUUGGAUUGGGAGAUUCUGGAUAUUCAAAAUUCAAUUUUGUUGCCAAGAAACUUCAUAGAAGAUUAUUACAAUUAGGUGCUCAAGAAUUCCAUGCUAGAGGAUUGGCUGAUGACCAACAUGCUAAUGGAAUUGACGGUGCAUUGGUUGGAUGGAUGAGAGGAUUGUGGGAUAAGGUUAUGAGUAUUUAUCCUCUACCUGUUGGUGUUGAAGUUAUAUCACCUCAUAUUAUUCCAGAACCAAGAUAUAGAAUUAUCAAGUGUGAUGAAUCAGAUAACUCCCUUAAAAACUCAUACAUUUUCAAAUCUGCCAGCAGCACAAGUCCUUACUCAAAAGAGAAUCCAUUCAUGGCUAAAAUGAUAGAAAAUAAGAAAAUGACAUCUGAAAAUCACUGGCAAGAUGUUAGACAUGUUGUUUUUGAAAAUUUAGGAGAAAAUCAUCAAACAGCUCUCACAUAUCAACCAGGAGAUGUUCUUGCAGUUUUACCAAGAAACACAAUUAAUCAAGUCCAACAUUUACUCAAGAGAUUAUCCUUAGAUGGAAAUCAAUUGAUAAGAGUAGAAAAAAUUGAUCCAGAUGCUCCUGAUAUGCCAUUUGGCAAUAGUGUAAUUACUUUAUUCAACCUUUUCGAAAAAUACUUAGAUAUUCAAGGAACACCAAGAAGAUAUUUAUUCGAAUUGUUAAGCCAUUUUACAACUGGUGAAGAGAGGGAAAGAUUAGAAUAUUUUGGAUCUGCAGAAGGAACAGGUGAUAUGUACAGAUAUAAUCACAAAGAGAAAAGAACAUAUGUCGAAGUUUUUGAUGAUUUUCCUGGUUCAAAACCAACUCUUGAGUACAUUUUAGAUUUAAUACCACAAAUCAAACCAAGAUAUUAUUCCAUAUCCUCUUCUCAAUCAAUGUGUCCUCAUCAAAUUCAUGUCACUAUUGCUAUUGUAAACUUUACCACACCAUUUAAGAGAGUUAGAAAUGGAGUUUUUACAUCAUGGCUUUCUUCAACUGAUAUUGGAACACAAGGUGAUGUAUUUGUACCAGUAUGGAUCAAUAAGGGUACAAUGACUUUACCAAAAUCACUCUCCACUCCAAUUAUUAUGGUUGGACCUGGAACUGGUGUUGCACCAUUUAGAAGUUUCAUUCAAGAUCGUUAUUUGAAAAUAUCCAAUUUAUCAAUAACAAGUACAGAAGAGAUUGGAAAGAGUAUUCUAUUCUUUGGAUGCAGAAAUGAAAAGAGUGACUUUUUAUAUGGAGAAGAAUUUACAAAAUACUCAAGUGAAACACAAUUUAACUUUUUAUUGUCAACAGCUUUUUCAAGAGAUCAAGAUUCAAAAGUCUACGUUCAACAUCGUAUUGGAGAACAAAAAGAUUUACUCUUUGAUCUAAUUGUAAACAAGGGAGCUUACUUUUACGUUGCCGGUAAUUCCAAACAAAUGCCAGAAUCUGUUCAAAAAGCAGUCAAAUCUGUUCUAAUCCAUGGUGGAAUGACAAACCAAGAAGCAGAAGAAUAUUUGAAACAAUUAGAUCUUGCUAAAAGGUAUCAGGUUGAAACUUGGUCUUAAUAAAAUCAGAAAUGGUUCAUCGUCCA